AUGAGGCAAAGCGCAUUGUCGUGCAGUGAGCGCACCUCGCCGUUCCGUUAGAAUAGACUGACUACGCACUGAAGGAGCUCCUCUCGCCUAGGAGCCUUUCAGAUAUAAAGCAAAUUACGAAAAUUAUCUUGUGUCUUGUGUGGGAGAACAGUGAUACGACGGAGAACCAUAAGAAUCCUUUUUUGGGCACGCUAUUUAGCAAUGGAUGAAAAGCAUUGCCAGCGCUGGUAGAAGAUGAAGAAAUGAGCAACUGGCUUGUAGCAGAUAAAGUGACUGAACCAUAAUACAGUAGCUAUGUUGACUUGUCUUUUGUGUGAAACAUACAUUUGUUUUAUAUAUUGCACAGUCUGACAACGUUUUUGGGCAUGGGACCUUAUUUUAAUCUACGUUAUUAGACCAUUUUGAUGCACGACCAUUUGAACUCCUGUAGUUACAGCAGUGGAGCUGACGGUAAAUGAGAGUCCGUCACCAUGCCCCCGGGGGAGUAUGGGAUGCUGGGCGAGUGGGAGAAGGAGGGGGACCAUGACAUCAUGAUGGACUUCCUGCUGCCCACCGGGAUCUUCCUGAAAUUCCCUGUGUCUCGCAAUGACACCAUCGGUGCCAUCAAAAAAAUGGUGUGGAGGAACGCUAGCAGCGAGCCCCUGUAUGGAGCGCUGAGCGACGCGGACGCUUACGUGUUCACCUGCAUCAACUCGACGGCAGAGCGUGAGGAGCUAGAAGACGAGACCCGUCGUCUGUGUGAUGUCCGGCUCUUCAUGUCUGUCCUGAGGCUGGUGGCCCGGGAGGGUGACCGCGUGGAGAAGCUCACCAACACCCAGAUCAGCCUGCUGAUUGGCAAAGGUCUGCACGAAUUUGACUCCCAGAAGAACCAUGAGGUGAAUGAGUUCCGGGCCAAGAUGCGGUCCUUCUGUGAAGAGAAGGCCCAGGACCGCCAGCGGUUGCCAUGGUACCAGUGGAUGGAGUACAGCUUCUCGUGUGAUCUAGAGCCAUGUGUUUCCCUGGCAGAGCCCGGGGGCAUCAAGACAAAAGGCACUAAGAAGAUCUUUGUCAAUGUCAAGUUUGAGGCCAGCGAUGAAAGCUUUAUGCUUCAGCAGGAGCCCCAGGACCUGCCGGUGAUCUUAAUGCGGAGUGCCCUAAAGAAGAAGGCCACUGUGUUUCGCUCAGUGCGACAGGAGAAGCCAGAGGACUACACUUUACAGGUCAAUGGGAGGUGGGAAUUCAUAUACGGGAAAUACCCCCUGUGCCAGUUCAAAUACAUCUUCUCCUGUUUGAGAGGGGGUCAAACCCCCCACCUGACCAUGGUUCAUCAAUCCACCGUUGUCAAAUACCAGGAGGAGCAGGGCUGCCUGGGCAGCCAGGUAUCCAAAAGUCGCUCCUUGUCCAAGCCCCCCCCUCUACCCGUGAAGAAGCAGAACACGUCGUCUUUGUGGUCCAUUGAGGAGCCUUUCCACAUUCACUUGCUACAAGGCUACCGAGUCAACGCAGAUGAAGGAAUGAAGCUGGUCGUCCAGGCAGGUCUGUUCCAUGGCAGUGAGCUGCUGUGUAAGGUAGUGACCAGCGGUGAGGUUAACGUGUGCUCCGAGCCCCUGUGGGACCAGAAGCUGGUGUUUGACAUCAGCGUGAGCGACCUGCCUCGUAUGAGCCGCCUGUGCUUUGCUCUCUACGCUGUCAUCGAGAAGGCCAAGAAGCCCCGCUCCACCAAGAAGAAGAACAAGAAAGCUGACUGUCCACUAGCCUGGGUAAACACCAUGGUGUUUGACUAUAAGGAUCAGCUGAAGACUGGGGAGUUCCUUCUCUCCACCUGGCCUUCAGUCCCUGAUGAUAAAGGCGACCUCUUGAAUCCAAUGGGCACAGUGGAGAAAAAUCCCAACGUUGAUAGUGCAGCAGGACUCCUCAUUCGCUUCCCCAAUAUCCGACCUCACCCUCUCUACUACCCCCAUUUCGACAAGUUGAGGGACCUAGAAAAAAAUGGAGGGAAGGUUAUAGCCACCAAGGUGGAGCAUAUGAAGCUAAAGGAAAUAGUAGACAAUAAGAACUACACAGAGUUCUUUGAGGACGAGAAAGAGCUUCUGUGGAAGCUACGCGGUGUGGUGCGGGAGCGCUACCCAGAGAGUCUGUCCAAACUUCUCCUCAUCACAAAAUGGAAUAAGCACGAGGAUGUAGCACAGAUGGUGGCGUUUCUGCAGAAAUGGCCAGACCUCCCUGCUCUCCAUGCCCUGGAGCUGCUGGACUACAGUUUCCCUGACCCAAUGGUCCGCUCCUUCACCAUCAGAUGCCUAAGGAAGCUGAGAGAUGAGGAGCUGCUCCAGUACUUGCUGCAGUUGGUUCAGGUUCUGAAGUAUGAGUCUUACCUGGACUGUGACCUUGCUACUUUCCUGCUAGAGAGAGCCCUCUCCAACAAGAGGAUAGGUCACUUCCUCUUCUGGCAUCUCAGGUCAGAAAUGCACGUAUCCUCGGUCAGUCUGCGUUUCGGCCUGAUUUUAGAGGCUUACUGCAGGGGCAACAUCUAUCACAUCAAGAGCUUAUGGAAACAGAACGAGGCUCUGAACAAGAUGAAGGCUCUGAAUGACUUUGUGAAGUCGGGCUGGCAGAAGACGUCACGCCAGCAGAUGACAGACGACAUGAAGCUGUGUAUCAAACAGGAGGCCUACAUGGAGGCCCUCUCAUACCUGCUGUCCCCACUCAAUCCCAGCAUCAGGCUCUCAGAGAUUUGUGCGGACAGAUGCAAGUUCAUGGACUCCAAGAUGAAGCCCCUGUGGCUCAUGUACAAGAACACAUGGGUGCAGGGGGACGCUGUGGGCAUCAUCUUCAAGAACGGAGAUGAUCUCCGACAAGACAUGUUGACCCUUCAAAUGAUCCAGCUGAUGGAAAUCCUUUGGAAGAAAGAGGGACUAGAUCUAAGGAUGAUCCCCUACGGCUGCCUCUCCACCGGGAACAAGACAGGCCUCAUCGAGGUGGUGAAAAACUCAGACACCAUCGCCAACAUCCAGCGCAACAACAGCAACAGUGCCGCGACUGCAGCCUUCAACAAAGACGCCCUGCUCAACUGGCUUAAAUCCAAGAACCCAGACAGGGAUAAACUUGACCAGGCCAUUGAGGAGUUCACACUAUCAUGUGCUGGUUACUGUGUAGCCACUUACGUGUUGGGUAUCGGAGAUCGCCACAACGACAAUAUCAUGAUCAAGGAGACUGGGCAGCUGUUCCACAUUGACUUUGGGCACUUUCUGGGAAACUUCAAGAGCAAAUUUGGGAUCAACAGGGAACGUGUGCCUUUUAUUCUGACGUACGACUUUGUCCACGUCAUCCAACAAGGGAGGACUAACAACAGUGAGAAGUUUGAAAGGUUCAGAGAGUGCUGUGAGCAGGCCUAUAAGAUCUUGUGUCGCAAUGGGACUCUGUUUGUUAACCUGUUUGCCAUGAUGAAAGCAGCCGGACUGCCUGAGCUGAGCUCCUUCAAGGACAUCCAGUACCUAAAGGACUCAUUGGCUUUGGGGAAAUCGGAAGAAGAAGCGCUGAAGAAUUUCAAAGUGAAGUUUAACGAAGCUCUGAGAGAGAGCUGGAAGACCAAGGUGAACUGGAUGAUGCACUCUCUAGCCAAAGAUAGCAGACUUUGAAUAAAAGCCACUGCCCCGGAGAAGCAUUCUGAACCUUAAUACCCCUGAUUUGUUGAUCUAAUCAGGGUUUUCAGCUUAUGGAGCCAAAUGGAAUGAAAAUGCACUGAAGUCUUUGUCGUAAAAUAAGAGCAUUUGGCAAUGUUUUACAGAUGUUUACACCUGACUGGCAGUCAUGCUUAUGGUUUAUGAACUGAUGCAAAACUGCAAGUACUUGUUGAAAGUCACAUUUCAUCGGGAGUAAUUUCCAUUGUUACUAAAUCAUACAGACAGUACAGCGUUGAAAAUCAUUUGCACGUGGGCACACCCCGUGUCAACCAGACCUAUCACCACAUGAACAGUGCCCUGAAAGUGACCAUCUCAAACCAAAUUGGGAGUAAACAACGUAAUAAUGAUGCCUAAUGAAACAAUGUAUCAACAUUUUGUCAGGAGAGUAGUAAGAGAGAGGAGUUAAAUUAUAUGUGAAAUACUGUAAUAGGAGAUUGAUUAAUGAUGAUGAUGCCAUUGAUUAAAUUUCUUGAUAAGUUGUUUGCAUUGAUUGUACUUAAAUGACCAGGCCAGAGAGAGGUACGUAGGACCUCAAGUGUUUCAUGCGGUUUACAUUCAUUCUAGGAUUAUUUUUUAUUUUUUUACUUUUGAAUUUUAUUAUUUUCAUUGAAAUAUAUCCUCUGCUGUACAGUGAGCUCCAAAAGUAUUGAUACAGUGACACGUUGUUUUGCUGUUUUGGCUCUGUACUCCAGCACUUUGGAUUUGAAAUGAUACAAUGACACUGAGGUUAAAGUACAUACUGUCAGCUUUAAUUUGAGGGUAUCUUCAUCCAUAUCGGGUAAACCGUUUAGAAAUUACACCACUUUUGUAAAUAAUCCCCCCAUUUUAGGGGACCCUAAAGUAUUGGGACAAAUUAACUUAUGUGUAUUUAAGCAAUAAAAAGUGAAGUAGUCGGUCCCAUAUUCAUAGCGCGCUGUGACUACAAAUUGUUUGGAUGCAUUUGCUGUUUGUUUUUGUUGUGUUUCAGAUUAUUUUGUGCCCCUAUUAGAAAUGAAUGGGAAAUAAUGUAUUUGGGGGGAUGAUAUUUGUGCAUCUGUAAAUUUCUCACUCAUCAUUAUUCAUGACUCAUUCAGAAUUAUCUGUAAUCAUGGUAGCAAUCCACAUUAAUGUAGAAGUGUUUAAAAACAUAUUAUAUUCUUAUUUACAAUAAAAGCGACUCCAAAAUGACUCUACAUUAUUUACCAUCAAUUUCUAUUGGGCACAAAAUAAUCUGAAACACAACCGAAACAAACAGCAAGGGCCUCCAACAAAUGUGUAGAGUCACAAGCUUGAUGUUGUCAUUGUGUGCUAUGAAUAUGGGACCAAAUACUUAACUUUUUACUACUUAAAUACACAAGUGAAUUUGUCCCAAUACUUUUUGUCCCUUAAAAUUGGGGGACUAUGUACAGAAAGUACUGUAAUUUCUAAACAGUUAACCCAAUAUGGAUGAAAAUACCCUCAAAUAAUUAAAGCUGACAGUCUGCACUUUAACCUCAUAGUCACUGUAUAAUUUCAAAUCAAAUGUGCUGGAGGACAGAGAUAAAAACGAAACAAUUUGUCACUGUCUUAAUAGUUUCGGUGCUCACUGUAUUUAAAAUCUUGAAAGUGUGUUAAAGGUUUUUGUACAAAGAAUCAAGCUUUCUUUGUAAAGGUACUUUUUAGGUUUUGCCAUGAUAAUGUUAUGGAAUACGGCCUUAUUUGUCUAUUGUGUAUGUAUGAGAUUUUGCCAUCUGGGAUGUUUUAUAUCUUGUGGAAUGAGAUACCCCAGUCUGUUGUUUGGAACAGAGAUAGAGUCAAGAGUAUAUUUCCUUCAACAACAUUGCAUUCCAGCCCUGCUCCUACAUAAGUAAAGCAAGACGUUUUGCCAGCCAGGAUUUUGAGUCACUGCUACUUGGCCAUUUAACUCAGGAGUUGAAAUUCAUACGGUCUUGUCAGAGACUAUUACGCGAGACCCAGACACUGGUGCCAGGACUCAAGCCGAAAACUUGGACAGUGAUCCCCAGACCAAGUGAUCUUGAGCGGUUCUUCAGACCAAGACCACAAGUUUGAGUCUAUAAUAAAUGUAUAAUAAGCCAUAGCUCUUUAUCUCAAGUGUCGCUCUUAAAUGUCUCUAUGUGGUGUCAUUAUACAUAAGCUACCAUGCUACAUGCUGUGAAAUGAUGUAGGGUAGAUUCUCAUGAUAGAUCAGUUGAAUUGAUCUACAAUACCUUGAAGAAAAUGCAGGGACGGUUCUGUAUGUUUUAGCUUACAGAUAUGCACUGUAUGUUGUCCCCAGUGGCAGUCCUGACCUAUGUGCCUAUCUAUGUCUUUUACUUUUAUGCUUGAGAAAAUUAUUCUUGAAAAGAAUACUGUACAUACCUAGCGGGCUUUAUCUCUCUCAUCUCAAAAUGCUGUGUCAAUACUGUGUAGAGUGACUGAUGUUCUGUGAAAACAAACCAUGAUAUUACUGUAUUAAUGUACAUUUGUCGUUGAAUUAUGCAUUCUGUAUCUAUUCUCUCCUGAUCAGAGUAUACUGUGGACAGAAUCCACUAAUAAUUGUUUUAACCAUAGGAUGUGUGUGUGUGGGGGAAAAUAGUUGCUAUUGGACACUGGUGCCUAUUUAAUUGAUUUAUCUUGUAUGUCCAUGUAUUUUCUGUUGCAGUUUGCAAACAAGGGUGAAUUGUAAAACAUAGGGCAUUGCUGUGUGGAACACUGAAAAGCAUGCAUUGAAGAAGAGCUUUUAUAUGCAUUCCAUUGCUUAACCUGCUCAGUAAUAUCUGCACUGAAUGUUAAUAUAGCCAGUUAAAAUGAUAUUUUAAUAAAUUACUAUGUUUUAGUAUUUUGUUCAUUAGUCCACAAUCCCCAUCUCUUGUAUUUGCAUGUCAGCAGUCAACUUUUCAAGAUGGAGCACUUUCAGUACAGAGUAAAAACUGUGAUUAUGCGUUUAUCUUGAAAACUUGACUGCUGACAUGCACCAUUUGCGGGGGUGUAGUCAAAAACAAGAUUUUAAAUAUAUUUUCACACUGAGGUUGGAAUAAUACUGGGAAAAUUAUGAAAAUGCCCUUCUAGUUUGAAAAAAACACCUGAAAUAUCAGCCUGUUAUGGUGGGAUGGCGUUUUGGCUGCCUGGUGACAUCACCAGGUUAAUUAGUCCAAAUUUCUCUGCCAAUAACAUCUAGGUUUCUGUUUUUACCACCCCAUUCCCAGACAGUCCUAACAAAAUUCUUGCUUGAGAAAUUGCACUUUGCUAAGAAGCAAUUUUUGUUUCUUUUUGACUACUUUAAUUGAAAACAAUCACAGUAAGGUAUUUAAUUGUUACCCAGAAAGGAUUUGAUAUUGAGAUAAAAACGUCUGCAUUGGACCUUUAACAGUGGAAUAAUGAAUAAAUUACCAAUAGUUUUUGAGUAAAGUGAUCCUUUAAGGCUACCGUCCUGUAGUUUUUUUCUCCAACCCCAAUCUACUGCAACGGGUUGGAUUGAAUACCUACAGGAGUGUAGCUCUCCAGGAACAGGGUUCGAGAUAACUACUUGAAGGGUCUUCCAGAAUACCCAUAUUUCCAGAAUAGACAUAUAUUUUUAAAGGCCAGUGUGGAGCAAGAUGUCUUUGUUAGGCAUAUGUGCCUUUUUGGUUUUCGCUAUUGUUAAUCUUUAUGUGCUGUGAAAUACAUGACCGUGUCUUUAUUAUUAUUACGACUAUCAUUAUCAUCAAUAUUAUUGUCAUCAUUAUCAUUUCAAGCUUUUUAAAAUUAUGGUGAACAGCCUCUGUGCUUUUCAUUGCAGCAUCUUUUUAUGAUCAAAUAUAUUUGUAUUUAUGACAAGGGCUCUGAACAUGUGCAAUGAAAACAAAAAAAUAGGAAUUUGAGAACCAUAGUUAAUUUCCCAUGAAUCUUGUGCUCGCAAGUAUACUGGAUUGUCUGGAAAUGUAUCCCUGCUUUUGAACUCCCUGAAUCAAUUAUCUGAAUGCGUAAUGCUAUUAAUCAAUGUUUUACCAUCAUGAAGUUCAAGUGAUAGACUCAAACAUACUGUGUUAUACCUAUUCAAGAGUAAUGCGCUUUAUGGCUCUUUCAACUCAACACAAAUACACUGUAGACUUGAAGGAGGGAGGGCCUUUGUUUUUAAUUUGGCAUUUGCUAAUUUGUUUAAACCGUGUGGAAUCAAGUUUGUGAAAUAAAAAGGGGACACUGUA